AUGACGAGGACAAACAAAUGGCGUAAAAAAAUCACCAUGUCGAAAAUGCUGAAUGAGAAUAAGCUUCAAAUCACCAUCUCUAAUAAACGAAUUGGAGUGUUUAAAAAAUCCAGUGAACUAACCACACUUUGUGGGAUCGAGAUGUUACUAAUUGUUUUCUCUCCGGCGAACAAAGUAUUACCUUUUGCUCAUCCAAGUGUGGAUGACCGGCUAUUUGGUAUUCUUGGUUCCUCCUCAUCAUCAACGAGACUCUCCCAUGAGGCCCAACAUCUAGUGGUGGCUAAUCAGUUAUCUAAAACUAGAGAACUGAACGCUCAAAUUAUACACGUUCAAGAUCAACUUGAGGUCCAAAAGCAACCUGAAAAGGCAGUGACUCAAGCCUUACAAGUUGUGCACGAUCAAAGGUGUUAG